CGAUGAGUUUCUUCAUACCGCCGCCCAACAUGAAUUAUCUUGACGCGUACGAUAUCCGCGGCGACACCGACGCACCCGCGCAGCCGGGUCAUCAGACGUUGAACGAGGAGGUCUCGCAGCUCGCAUCCAACCUCACCGGGUUCUGGAAGGGCUUCGUGAAACAGAGCUCUGCGGCACUACAGACGGGCUUGCAAGAGGUUGCUCAACAAGCUAAAGAUGCACGGAAAGAGCUAAACUGGAUCGCGACUGGAAGCUUGGAGGAAGGAGCGACCGCCUCCGGGUCGUCUGCCACCACCGAGAAGGAGAAGGAGGCGACGUCCGCACCCACCUCUGAUCCCGCCGCCGCAUCCUCGCAAGAGGAGGACAAAGAGAACGAGAAAGACCCGAACGCCCCUUCCACCGACCCUCCGACCUCCCCAACGUCCGCCUCCUUCAACUUCCUCUCCAAACUCCAAUCUUCGAUUCCACCCUCUCUAGUCUCCACCGUCCAGAAUGCGCUGCCCGAUAGCGUAAAGCAACAUGCGGCGCACCCAGGCUCGGUCGACUUUGCGGCCCUGCGCACGACGCUCUCGUCCGAGUUCCAGCGCGUUGCGGGCGUGACGCGCGCGCAGGCGGAAGAGUACGUGCACCGCUCGGAGGGCCUCAUCCGGGAGGCGGUCAAACACGGCGGCGAUCUCCUCAAGGACGCCGUCAAGGUCGUCCCACCCGACCCCAAUUUGCCCUCUGGCACUGCGAACACGGGCGUAGUGUGGGACGGCACGGACGUGUGGGCGUUCGACGCGCUACCGGUGAUCGCGCCCAGCUCGAGCUCGAGCUCGACGUCGAGUGGGAAGGGGAAGGAGAAGGUACCGGCUCUCAGUUCGGUGCAGGUGCAAGACGCGCAGAAGGCGGUUGCGACAAGGGCGGAGGCGCUGCUCAAGCGCCUCCGGCAUGACCCGGAGAUCCUCAAGGCCGACCCGGACGCGGAUGCGAGUCUGCAGGACAUGUACCCGACGUGGAUCGCGAGGGAGGUGGUCGCGAAGGACGGUGGGAUCAACGGCGUGGAAUGGGCCGCGCGGAUCGAGGAGGCGCUUGGCGACGGCACGGAUGGGAAGGCGCUGCAGGCGACUUACAACGCCUUGGUCCCGGCGAAGAUGACCCGCGAGACGUUCUGGACACGGUACUUCUUCAGGGUGUACCAGAUCCAGAGGGAAGAAGCACGGCGAAAGGCAUUGCUUGAAGGUACGCAUCAAAGCCAUUUGUGUCUAUUCCUCUCAAUUUUUUUAACGUACUUACUCGGUGUGAUAUAUAGGCGCUACCCAACAGGAGGAAGAUAUUGGCUGGGAAGACGACGAAGACGACACCUCGGCAACGCCCUCAGGAACCUCGUCCACCACCAUCCCAAAGAAGCCACCGCCGCCCAUCCGGAUCGGCACCGGCGAGCCGGGGCCAGGACCGCACUCCGCCUCUGGCAAGACGAGGUUCGAUGAUGACAGCGACGGAGAGGAGGACGGGACAUCGGAGCGAUUCCAGGAGAUCCCGAAGGACGAGACCGCCAAGCUGAAGAAGGUGGAGGAGGUGAAGGAGGCUGAUAAAGAGGUGGGAGAUAAGGACAAAUUGGCGCCUGCUAUGGAUGGCAGUCCGCGACACAGCAGCGAGAGCAGCUACGACGUCGUGAGCGGGGCGUCAAGCGUGGUGGGUGACGGCGGGCCAGCAAAAGACAAGAAGGCAGGUGAAGCGGACGAGGGCGAGGAUAGCGACAGCGAUUGGGAGUGAUCUCAAGAGUCCGCAACGAAUCUGUGCGGAGCUCUCGAUCUUCAUAUCCAGUACGUUCCAUGAGGACUGCCAUCUAUUAGCUUAUACCUAGGAUUACCUUGGGUUGUUGUAUUUACUUUUCAUCAAUGCA